AGGCAUGGGCGGUGUCUACAUAUAAAUUCUUGACCCAACUAUUUGCACAGCUCCUCCUGCGAAGCACACUUCUGUACCUCGGACUGCUAUUUCCUUGGUCUUGAGCGCAAUCAUGCCGUCUGAUUUGGAAACAUCUAUGGAGACUUUGAUCAAAGUGUUCCACAAGUACGCCUCAAGGGAGGGCGACAGCGGGACACUCAGUCGCAAGGAACUGAGAACAUUGAUGGAAGCAGAGUUGGCCGGAUUCCUAAGGUCGCAGAAAGAUCCAGGCGCUGUGGACCGCAUCAUGAAGGAUCUUGACACCAAUGGGGAUGGGGAGGUGAACUUUGAGGAGUUUGUGUCUCUGGUCGUUGGCCUUUCCAUCGCUUGUGAGCAGUGCUUCCAGCUGCACAUGAAGAAGGGAAAGAAGUGAGGUAGCCUAGUGUGCGGAGUGGGCUACAGAGAAGGGUCGAGAAGAGUGUGCCUUUUGUACCAAGUAUUUUUUUGUUAUUUGAGUUUCAAUAAAACACUGGCUUUUUUGAA